UUGUGUAUAGGAAAUGUUUAUAUGAAAAAAAUACAGGGUUCGAUAUUUCGUUUUAUGAUGACCAAUCAAAUUCGUCGAAACAGGACUUCCGCGGGAGCAUCAAAUGCAAGAUUUGGCAUAGGCCUAGGCUUACAUCUAUCGGCCUAAUAUGCUGGCCAUACGGUAUUGUCAACAUGACUAGGUUUAACCUUUGUCGUGUAAUAUUUGAUACAUGAACUAAAGACAUUUUGAAACACUCAUAUCUUGGAAUAUUAUGCAUUGAGUCAUGACAGACUGCGAGAAACUUUAAUUGUACAUGCUCGAAGUGCUGAAAUUCUUGAGACAGAAAUCAUGAGUGGACGCCAGUUUGUAGACACACUUAUCCAUCUGGGCUACCCCAAGGCAGAGAGUCUAGAUCCACAGAGCUUUGAGUGGAUGUUUGAAGGGGAGGGUGUGGUCUCAUUCCUUGACUGGUUUUGUAACAAUGUGGGCACCACCAAUGUUCUUCACCCUAAAGACAUACAGGAGUAUGAAAAACUUAGAGAUUCCGAGGAGGGAGUAUUACAGGGAAGUCAGUUAGAGGAAGCUUUACGAUCCGUCACUGUUGGGGAGGAGGAAAAUCUCACUGACGAUCAGCUCAGAAAGGUGAUAAGUCAGACAGAACAUGAUCUUGGAAUAAAGAAGAAGAGAAAGCAGGUUCUCAUUCAGAAGAGGAAUAAAAUGAGUUUACAUCAGACAAGUCUUAGUCAUCGGUUGUCCAAGGUCAGGAGUACAGAGGUCAAGGUCAAAUCACAGUUCAAACACCACAAGGAACAGUGCCGAACAGAUAGCACACAGAUGAAUGCCAAUCUGGAAAAUUUGGUGCAGUCUGUUGAGGAGCUCCACAAUCUGUACAAGUGUGAUGGCGUACAAAAUUCGCCCAGCUUCCUGUCUCAGCUGUCCCUGGAUGAGUAUGCAAAUGCAGAGGAGAAAUUCUCACAGGAACUGACAACUUUUACGAAGAAACAGUUCUUUGAGGGUAUAUCUGAGAUGGCUGGUGAGGAAGAAGAAGUGUCACGUUACCAGAUCCUAGAGAUCAGCGACCCAGACAGUUUACUAAUCCGUGGGGAGAGACAAGAAGUCAACCUCAGCGAAUGUAAGGAGCUUGCAAGGAUACAAGAUCUAUAUCCGAAGAGUGAAUCCAAAAGAAUUGAUGCCUUGAUGAAAAACAAAGUAGCAAGUCAGUGUCUGAAAUGUGCAGAGAAUCUUCUCCAUUCCAUUCAAGCAGGACAAUUUGGAAACAACAUUCAAGAUAUUCAUAAACAGUGUCAGGAGAGACGUGAGAGUGUGGGUCAGGUUGACCGUGACCUCUACAAGCUGCGAGAGACUGACAUUCCCUCCCUCAUCAUGGAGAGCACAUCUUCCCAGGUGGCUCGGAUACUUACUGGUGACUACAACCUCAAGCUGAGUCGGCAGGAUUACUUUGUGUCUAAUCAGGACCAGGUGAUUAGUGAACUGGUGAAGCAGCGGUCGAGGAAUGAGUUCUUAACUAUGGCAUUCGAGGUAGAGACUCAAGGUCACCGUGACACACAUCGUCUGCUGACCGCCAUCCAGCAGCAGUUACAAACACAACUACAGUCCUGGUCCAGUCGAAUGUCUAUGAUGGAUGAGCCGUCCCUGAGUGUGGCAAAGUAUGAACGAGGAACUGUUGACUCUAGGGACAAAUUUACAACACGUCUUCACCAUAUGUUGGUUGACAGGAGUGAUAAAGGCACUGAUCAGCUGUUCCUCACCUUCGAUGGUCUGGUUGAAGGUGCACAUCGACUCAAGUGUGAAAGUGACACAGCCCAACACACACUGACCUCUACAGCGGUCAGACAUGAGAACAGACUGGACUUACUCGAGAGCAACCUCAUGGCCUGUCUGGACCUUGUGUAUGCUGGCUCGAGUACAACAAGUGGUCAGCCAACACUGAUUCCUAGACAACUGCUGGACUCCAUGACCACACUGGACAACCUGAUUAAGAAACUGGAACGAUCCAUUAAAGAUGUGGUCAAGGAAUUGGAGACAAAGAAACAGAUCCUCAGGAAUGACCCUCUACUUCACAAAGAGAGAAAGAUGUUCUCCUUUUUCUUUAAUAACCCAGCGCAUCUGAAACAGUUGUUUGAUGAACUUUCAUCUCAGCUCCAAGCACACAGAGUAAACUGAGAGAAAGCAACAAAACAGUGAUAUAUCAUGGACAAGGAAUUGCAAAAUUCAGACUUUAAAGGUGCCUUA